CAACAAGUCUAUGGCAGUGCUGUGCUGCUGCUGCUUCCAGGGCUGCACCAGAGCCACCAUUUAACCCGAAAUACUCAAUUUAGAGAUUAUUGUUUUUGCAUCGUGACGCUACACAGAAUCGCUUCUUUUAUUUCUGUUUUUACCCCGCGUUUUGCACCGCUUCGCCCGGCCCGGCCUGCACACAGAGCGGGGAGAACAGCCCACAGCGCUGGCUAAUGGCAGCGGGGUUUAUUGCUGCCGUAAAAAAAAGGAAAAAUCAAGUUGCCCGUGAACUUUGUCACAUUUCGGAGCCAUGUCCACCCUGCUCCUCGUGAGGAACGGCAGAAGAGCGGUUUCGCUAACCGGCGUGGGUCGCAGAGGCACGGACGCACUUUCAGGAGUUCACCCUGUGGUGCGGCGCUCCAUCAUAGAUCUGUCCUACUCCACACACUUCAUGGAUUUUCAAGGAUCCUCCAUACCGAGCAGCAUGAAAAAGCUGGUCGUAAACAAGCUAAGUCCUAAUUUUAGAGAGGCCGUUUCUACUCAAACCGUCGCGAUCCCGACACCCGGGGACGCAGAGUUGCUCGUCAGAAAUCGUUUUGCUGGAGUGAACGCCUCUGAUAUUAAUUACACAGCAGGCCGUUACGACCCCUCUGUGAAGCCCCCCUUCGAUGCCGGUUUCGAGGGUAUCGGUGAGGUUGUUGGCCUCGGCCUUAGCGCCAGCUCCAGUUACACCGUCGGGGACACCGUGGCCUACUUUGGCAGCGGUGCCUUUGCAGAGUACACGGUGGUGCCAGCCAAGGAGAGUGUUCCCGUCCCUGCGGUGAAGCCAGAGUUCCUCACCCUGCUGGUCAGCGGUGCCACGGCCUACAUCGCCCUGAAACGCCUGGGCGACCUUACCAAAGGUGAGACGGUUCUAGUCACGGCGGCUGCAGGAGGAACUGGGCAGUUCGCCGUGCAGUUUGCCAAACAGGCCGGUUGCCAUGUGAUCGGGACGUGUUCAACCAACGAGAAAGCCGGCUUCCUGAAGUCCAUCGGCUGCGACCGUCCGAUCAACUACACCCAAGAAGACCUGGCGAAGACGCUGAGGAAAGAGUACCCACAAGGCGUAGACGUGGUGUACGAGUCCGUUGGAGGAAGCGUCUUAGAACUGGCAGUGAACAGUUUGGCCACCAAGGGCCGGCUCAUAGUGAUCGGCUUCAUCUCGGGGUACCAGACGGCAUCAGGGAUCCCACACUUCAAAGGGGGAACGCUUCCGGUCAAGCUGCUCCAGAAGUCGGCCAGCAUUCGGGGUUUCUUCCUGCCCCACUUCCUCAGCGACUACAAAGAGGCUCUGGGUAGCAUGAUGAAGAUGAUUGCCAAGGGGAAGCUAGUGUGUGAGGUGGAUUGUGGUGAUAUGUCGGAGGAGGGGAGGUUCGUCGGGUUGGAGUCUGUGUUCCGAGCCGUGGAAUACAUGUAUGCGGGGAAAAACUUGGGCAAGGUCGUGGUGGAAGUGGCACCACCACCUGUUAGCAAUAGCAAGCUGUGAUUAAAACUAAUCGUUUAUGCACUAAAAAAUCAUACUUGAAACAAAUUAUUGUUGGGUGGGAAAAUGUAGGGCUUUAAUUGUGUUGAAAAGAGAAUAUUGUCUUUAUUCUUGUUACAUGAUUGACACUGUAAAUCUACAGUUAUUUUGCUUUCACCAAAAAAAAUAGCAACUUUAUUUUCUGCUAUCAUUGUUUUGAAAGAUUUGUUUGCAGUAUUUGAACCUGAUUACAUUAUUAAACAAAAAUAUUAACUGAUAACUGAUGAUCAUAUUGUAUAAUUAUCCUGAUAAAAAAUCUGAAACGGUAGCCUCUCAUUUUUUACAGCGUUUCUCAAUCUUGUGAGCCCACCUUCUGGUUCAAGUCCACCUUUGAAAUUAAUUUAGACCAGCUGCCAUAAUGUGCUCUCUUUUUCGCACUCUCAGGCACUUUAUCUACCAUAAAUGUUUUAUGAUAGACUUCAUUGUUUUUCUAAUAGGGGCUUACAAUGGUAUGUGCUUGUCAAAAGUGAGUGCUGAUCCAGGUGUGCUUGGUAUUUCAUCGCCUGUUUGUGGCUGACAGAAACGGCAUUCGCACAAUCAAUCUUUUCAUUCACAUGCCCCGAAGCUGCACAUAAUAUAAAAAAAUUAGUCCAGAUAAACCAGGAGUUGGACUUGAAAAUGCCAUUACUUUUCCCACUGCGA